AUUUUACCCUGCCCUUGCCCUGCCCUGUCUGCCUGUCCUGGCUGCUGCGAGGUCCAGGCAGACCCUUGCGGCAUGCAGCUUUGCUUCUCACUUGCUCCUCAUUGUCCCUUUCUCCUUCUCUCCUUGUUAUAUGGUCCUCGAAUGGGACGCCGCACGGUCUCGUGGCCCAGCCCGGUCGACCUUCUGAUCAUAUUCCGGAAAGUCUAUGUUGGUCCUGCUCAGCCUCCGCGGGCCUGUUUUCUGUCCCUUUUUACCUUUGUGUGGGUGUCUAGUAUAUACUAUUACUUCAUCUCUUCCUCCGCCUUGCAGGCCUCCCCGAUGGGUCCCCUUGAGACACUCGUCUAACUUUCCCUCUAUUCCCAUCCUCUAAUAAUUUUUCCUAUCUUGGGCUCCCUGUCGUCGGUUUUGUUUCCUUCCGGAUGCCAUAGGGCUGUUCUCGUUGUUUGAUAGAAGGAUUCCUCUCCCCAGUCCUUGUCCCAGCGUUCACCUCUGUUUCGGUGCCCAACCGGUACUCUGAAAUAUCCUUCUCCUUUGUUCUAGCCGCCGACUAUCUGAUUCAUCAAAUUUCCUUCUGUUGGUGUCUUCGAAAAUCAAAACCUUCUAGACAAUGCUGAGAUGCCGGCCAUCUCCUUAAUACCGGUCUCCUUCUCAAUAGAUAGAUGUUGUUACAUAGAAUGGCAGCCCGACGGGCAGGGCUGCUGCUAUGGGCCACUACAGUACCUCUCAUCGCGGUCAGGGCAGCCGAGACCGCAUCGGCGUAUUCUACGACAGGCCUCGACCUGGGAUCUGAUAUCACAGCAUUCGUACCAUCCUGCGCCAGAUCAUGCGUCGAGUCGUUCAUCGAGGUCAACUUCGACACCGACCUCUGUGGAUCCUCACCUUCAUUACAAUGUCUCUGUUCACACACCGGCUCGACGGGAUAUACAUUGGGGGAGGGCGCAGUUCAAUGCAUUGUAGCUGAGAACUCUAUCAGAGCAUGCGAGGGUAUGAGUGCCGGAUCUGACACAGUCGCCAACGCAUACACCAUGUGUAAUAAUCAACCCAGUGCGGUAUUGGCAACACACGCCACAAUAAUAGCAACACUGAUCGUGCCUCCUACUGGCCCGGUCGUGGUGCCGAACCCGUCGCCGACGGCAUCCAGGAGCUCGAACAGGAGCUCCUCGACAAGCUACAUGACGCCUUCCGUCACCAUGGAGCCCACAUUGUCCACGAGACCUGUCUCCAGCCCUAGCUCCACAUUCAUCACAAGGACCAGCUCGUCCUUGUCUGCAUCUUCCACCGCGGCUUCGAGCGCUACAGCCGCAUCAGAGUCAAGCGAAACCGGCGCCGCAGCAGCAGCAGCCCCAACAAGGUUGUCAACGGCGCAGAUCGGAGGCAUAGCCGGUGGGGCUGUCGGAGCUGUGCUUAUUGCGGGAGUCGUGGCGAUCUGGUGUUUCACGCGCAGGCGGCGCGGGAAAGCAGUAACUGGUUUCUACCGGGUCAGAGACUCGUGGAGCCCACGGAGGAAAGACAGCCCGGAGAUCUCGGCGCCGCAAUAUCGGGAGCCAAAGUCGAUGUCCUUCACGAGGGCGCUGGCGCAGAGGGCUAACCGAGCCAGCGCCCGGCCUGAUACUAUCGGCCUUGCGAUAUCUCCCGAGGGCGCAGGCAUGCCGGGAGCGGCAAGGCAACCCGGGGGGAGCAUGGUCGCUGCGGCUGUGCCACCUGCGGCUCAUCUUGCUCAGAGGCGGUCGCCUUCACCACCUCCCAUUCCGGCCCUGUCACCCCUCCGGACGCAGGGCAACUUCAAUUUCUUCUCUCCGCAGGGGCGGUCUACACCACAGGACCAGCAGACGAGCGCGGCGAAACCAGCACUGACCGUCGCCAUCCCGCCGGCAAAACCCCAGCCGGCUAACCGUUCCAGCACCAUGUCCAAUAACCGCAUGCCGUUCAGCGGUGGGCGCGACAGCGUCGUUACCGAGUUUGCCGAAGACGGAGAGACAAGCGCAGGACUCGGGUCGGCGCAGAUAUGGCGCCCUCCGAACACAGACCCGCAGUCGGCGUCAACAUAUUACGUCGCAGACAAAUGGGGCAACUGGGUGCUUGGAGGCGGUUCAGGGCCCGAGGAGCACAUUGUGGAGAUGCCAACGCCCGUCUCCAAGACGGUGGCGGAGAGGGACGCCGAGCAAGACCGCGCGGUGCAGGAGAGCAACGCGGUCAAGGCGGCGGUCAAGGACCUGUCGUCCCCUACCCUGGGCGCACCAGCACCUGUGGCGGUCAGAGUCUCGAGGCCAGCUGGUGCGCCAGGCAGGCCGACCAUCAGGCACGUCGCCCCCGAGAGUGGACGGCUGCCCAUCAACACGAGGAGCUCGAGCGUGUAUUCCAACUUCAGCAUGAACUUCAGCCUGCCGCAGACCGUUCAGCCGGGGCCGAACAACCCCAUGCCGAACCCCGACUCGUACUACGCGGCAAGCGGCGCCGGUGGCAAGCAGCAAGGGAGGGACCUCACUUCCUCGAGGCACAGGAGAGGGUCUAGCAGCGCUGGCGGGGCGACGAGGGACCGCACGAAUACCAUGAUGUCGCAGGAUUCAGCGACGACAAUCGCGUCCUCGAUUGGCAGCGAGGUUGGAGUGGACUCCUUCCCAGCACCCUCCCGCCAGUCGGCAGCGACCGAGCAGCAGGGCAGCCUGUCGCCUGUGGUCGAGUCACCCGGGCGAUCACCAGUGUCCUAUCCCAAGAUCCCCAGGCCGCGCAGCAACGCCCCGCUGAUGAUGAAGCCGAAGCCCAUGCAACAUCCAGCCCUCCGGGUGGUCAACUCCACGCCCAACGACAGCCCGACCCUGGGCGUCGUCGACUCCCAGAAGCCAGUCCAGGUCGAUGGUGGCCCCCAGGCCUCUGCCGCCGCCGCCGCGCCAGCCCAGGCACGGGUCUCGUACUACAACCCGCCGCCGCCCAGGAGGCACCCGAACCCGAACAGGAACCCGGGCCAGGUCCGGUCCGGGUCGCCCGAGACGCCGCCGGGCCAGCCGAUCCCGCGGCCCCUGGCCGUGCCCAGCAACAGGCGCGACACGACCAAGUCGCCGCCGCUGCAGUCGUUCCAGCAGCACAUCAACAACCGCUCCCAGCUGCCCUCGCAGUCUCACUCCCGCUACGGUCCCAUGUCCGUGUACGACGCGUACUCGCGGCCCGAGUCGAACCUGCCGUCGCAGCAGCAGCAGCAGUACUAUUACCAGCAACAGCAACAACAACAACAACCAUCACAAGAAUACCACUACCAGACCGAGCCCGGCGGGCCCUACUCCUUCUCCCCGGACCCCUCGCAGUCCGCCUCCCCGGCAUCCGCGUCCCAGUCCCCCUCGGUCUCAAACACGACCCUCAGGACGACGGACAGCCAGUCCAGCCUGCUGGCCGCGAAGCGCCUAGGGCCCGAGCGCGCCGCCGCGCUGCAGAUCGGCGGCGACUCGGCCGAGGCCCGGCAGGCGCGGUGGAGGCGGCGGACGUCUAGCCUCGGGGCCAGGGCCGGUGCCGAUUACGACGGCGCCGCCGCUGCGCCGAGGGGCGUUGUGUACCGCCAGGCCGCUGCCGGCGCUGGUGGUGGUGGUGGCAAGAAGCCCAACAGCACCAGGGAGAGCGACGUCCCGCUGCCCGCCACGCCCGGGUGGAAGCCGCAGCUUACGCCCAAGCGGAGGGGGGACGAUUUGUUCCUGAGCGUGCAGUGAGUUUGGAUGGGUGGGUGGGUGUCUUUGUAAGAAAUUGUAAUAUCAGAUUUCUUUUCUGUUUGGUUUGGGGUUCGCUAUUUCUCUCUCUCUCUCUGUCUUUCCUCUUUUUCUUCUUCUUCCUUCUCUUAUAUCCAGAUCUGAUCUUAUGGCGUCGUGGGCGCAAUGUUUGUGGGUAUUUAUCUAUCAUGCUGGGAGUUUCUUGGAGUUUCACAGGGAAGACACAAAAGAAGACAGCGGUGAAUCUUGACUGCUGGGUGGUUUGGUUUAUAUGGCCUACUUACUACGACCACGGUGUUUAUUCAGUGGAUGGCCUGGCUGGCGUUUUUGGGGGGAAGUGUUUGGUCUACUACAUUCUUUUUGGGGGCUUUCUACUUGAUAGUCGACACAUCUGAGAUACCACACAAAAUUGCAUUGUCAUAUUCUCUACA